AUUCACUAACUCUCAUUAAGCACUUUCUAUAUAUAACUAAACUAGAGACGUAUAGAAUUAUAAUCAUCAGGAGAAAAAAAAAUGGCACAGGCGGUGUUGAAGUCUUCUCUACAAGGAGAGCUUGAGGCAGAUAUUGAGAUCAAAUCUCCACCGACGAAAUUCUACCACAUGUUCGCGGCAAGACCACAAGAUGUGUCGAAGGCCACUCCUGAAAACGUUCAGCGAUGUGAUGUGCAUGAUGGAGAGAUGGGAAGAGUAGGCACUCUCCUCACCUGGAACUAUGUUCAUGAUGGGAAGCCAAAGGUGGCUACACAGAGGAUCGAGGCAGUGGAGCCGAAGAACAAUAUGAUUCAGUUCAGGGUGAUAGAGGGAGAUCUGAUGAAAGAGUUCAAGAGCUUCCUAUUCACGCUCCAGGUGACCGCAAAGCAAGGAGGACUUGGAGGUGUGGUGAAAUCUCACAUGAAAUACGAGAGGAUUGAUGAGAACGUGGCUCACCCGGAGACUCUGCUCCGAGUGUUUGUCAAAAUGUCCAAAGACAUCGACGAAAUGCUCUUGGCUAAGGAACAGAUAUAAUACUCGUUCAGUAUCAUCUAUCCAUCUAUCUAUUUAUCCAUCUGUUUGUAUAUCUUUGGGUGUUUUGUAUCUUUAUGUCUUUUGGUGUUUUGUAUGCAUGUCUCAAUAAUGUGCUCUCGAUCUCUAGACUUGAAGAGAUGUGAUGUGAGAGUGUGUUAUCAAAAAUAUCUAUGUUUAUGUGAUGUCUUUGGGUGUUGUGUAUACAUGUGUCGGUAAUGUGAGUGUGCUCUCUUAUCUAGAUUUGAAGUAUGCAAGUGUGUUCAAU